AUGUCAUUCGCGCCGUCUGACCCCUGGCCUCGCUCUCAUCAUGAUCUUCUGGAGCAAUACUACGCUGAAUAUGAAAGGCAAAUCGCGUCUGGAGAAUACAGGCCUUUUUUGUAUCCCUGGGGAAUGCUUGGUGCUUUGGUAGCUAUUGUCUAUCUUUUAAUACCGCACCAAGACCGUCCAUGGCUCCGCCACUGUAGAUACCUGGUCUUUGCUUGGGUCACUGGAUUCGCAAUAUAUACAGUACUCUAUACUAAAGCUAGACUGAUUGCACCAAGCUUCGGUGUUGGCUUGCUCAGCGCGUGGAGUGUAGUCUGGGUUGGGGCAAUCUUGAUUUGUAACGAUGCUCAGGCCGACUUCAUGAGGAUCGAGAAAAUGAGAGGUGUAUUCGGUGCCCCCACCGACAAACCGAAAGAGAAGGAUACCAUCAACCAUACAGAGUCUCCCCAUGAAGGGAUUUCAAAGCACGAGAACGGAGAUGUCAAGCUUUCCCUUUCAAAAGCCACAGCAGGACCCUCGGACCGCGACGGCCAAUUCGCAUGGCAACCCUACCCCCUCACCCCCUUCAUAGAACGCCUAGACUGGGUCCUCGACCUAUUCUGCAACUUCCGCGGCGCAGGCUGGAACUGGCGCACCUCUGCGCUCCCCCCACCCCCAAAAUGGAUCCAAGAACAACUCCGCCAAAACUGCGGUCCCAACACACCAAAACACUCCUUCAAGACGCACGCCGGCCAGGCGAAAUCCUACACCACACGCUCCCAACUCAUCCAAGCCAACCUCAAAGCUCUGCUCAAAGGCUACCUCGCCCUCGAUGCACUCAAAACACUCAUGAUGUGGGAUCCUUACUUCUGGGGUCUGGUAGAUCACACCCCAUCUCCAUCCUCACACCUCCCUUUAACCCUCUACUUCCUCCUCCACCACCACCACCCCCGCAUAACACACAUCUACCACCUCCUCCUCUCCAUGCUCGCCGUCAAAACCGCCCUCGAAACAAUCUUCACCCUCGGUCCCCUGGCCUCCUGUAUCCUACCCACCCCCUACCGCCACACCGCCCGCACCCUCCCUUUCCUCUACCCCACACCCUGGGGCCCCUUCUCCACCGUGCUCGACCACGGCCUCGCAGGCUGGUGGAGCAACUGGUGGCACCAAACCUUUCGCUUUGCCCUCGACCAGCCCAGUCGCGUCCUGCGCGAGCACUGGGAUUUGCACAAACACUCCCUGCGCUCGAGACUCCUUCAGCUGGUCACGGCGUUUACGGUAAGCGGCAUCUUGCACGCUACCGCUAGUUCCACGAUUUCAGGACCCUCGCGGCCUUGGUCUGCCUCUUUUGCGUUUUUUGCCGUACAGGCCCCGGCUAUCUUGCUAGAAGGUUGUGUGAGGCGUGCGCUUGAGAGCUGUGGGGUUGGUAGGAGAGUGCCGCGGUGGGGCAAGCGUGUGCUCACGUUGAUCUACGUGCAUGUGUGGUUCUACUCUACGGCGCAUUUGCUGUGUGAUGAUUUUGCGCGGGGCGGGAUUUGGCUGUUUGAGCCGGUCCCCGUGUCGGUGUUUCGGGGCUUGGGGUUUGGGGCGGAUGAGAGGGAUGGGUGGUGGUGUUGGGGUGGGCCGUUGGUGAGGUGGCAUCGUGGGGAGCGGUGGUGGGAUACUGGGAUUGCGUUUUGA